AUGUUGAGAACUCAAUUACAUGGAAUUAAGAAAGGCAAUCAAUCUAUUGUAGUAUAUAUUCAAAAGAUCAAAACUAUAGCUGAUUCUUUAGCAGCAAUUGGAGAAAAAGUAAGUGAUGCAGAUCUAAUGAUGUUUGUCAUGAAUGGGUUAAGCAGUGAUUAUGAUAUGUUUGUGGUUUCUUCUCAGAAUAGGGAAACUCCUUAUACUUUUGGAGAACUUAAAGCAAGAUUAUUAUCUCAUGAACAGUUUUUAGUAGAGAGACGACAUCGGCAUACUCAUGUUUAUGAUAAUCAAAAUACUGCUUUAUAUGCAAAAGGAAAUUCAACUGGUUAUAAUAAUAAUAGAAGGAAUGGAAAUGGAAAUGGUGGGAAUUUUAGGAAUAGUCAAUAUCAAUCUGGGUCUGGUUCAGCUAAUGCUACAAAUUCUCAAUCAAAUUCUCAUGGAAAUGGCAGACCUUAUGUUGAGUAUUCAAAGCUGUUUUAUCAGAUAUGCAAGAAAAAGGGACAUUUGGCUACAAGGUGCUUCUUCAGAUAUCAUCCACCACCAACUGGAGCUUCAACAAAUACUUCUCAAGCACAUUAUGCUAAUGCUGAUAGUGGAGCAACCUUUACUAAUGCCACUUUUAAUACUUCAACCUCUACUCAGCAAGCUUUUACAUGA